GGACUCGCGUUUUGUUUAGUUUAGUUUAGUUGAUAAUAAUAUUCAGAAUGCGCAGGUCUAUUUUAGUGUUUCUAUUGUCAGUGCUAAUAUCUAAAAGUUAUGGUGAUAGAAUUUUGGCCGUGAUUCCAACAGCGUCUAUAAGUCAUCAAGUAGUUUUCCGUCCUUUGACCCAAGAGUUAGCUAGGAGGGGUCAUGAAGUCACCAUCAUCACUCCAAAUCCAGCGUUCACGACAGAGGACCGUCCGGAAAACUUGACAGAAAUAGAUGUGCACGAUGUUACUUAUACGUAUUUGAAACCAAGUUUAGAGAAACUCAAUGAAAGAUUCGGAAGCAGAGAAACAAUAUUUAAAGUCAUAGAAGGUUUGUCAACGAUGAUGGGAAAAUUUGUGGAAAUACAAGUUCAAUCGGAGCCAGUACAGAAUCUGAUCAAUAAUACAGAUAAGGAUUAUUUUGAUCUGUUACUCAUUGAAGCAUGUGGGAGGCAGUAUAUUUCGUUCUCACAUUUAUUUAACGCGCCUGUUGUUCUUGGAAGCUCGUUUGGUAUGAUGUUAGGUAAUGCUGAGAUUAUCGGUGCUCCAAAUCAUCCAUUUUUAUAUCCACCUUCUAUGCGUCAACGAUUAUUGAAUUUGACAUUUUGGGACAAGGUGUCCGAAUUGUAUACCCAUUAUCGCCUAAUGAAUUUUUGGUAUUCCCAAGAAACAAAGGAACGUGAAGUUUAUGUUAAAUAUUUUGGUGAAGAUAUGCCAACAUAUGACGAAUUAUAUAAUAAGGUUGACAUGCUUUUUUUGAACAUUCAUCCAUUAUGGAGUAAUAGACAACCACUGCCACCGAAUGUGGUUUCGAUGUGGGGAAUCCACAAGAACCCGGAAAAGCCUCUUCCCAAGGAGAUACAAUCAUAUUUAGAUUCUUCUAAAAAUGGUGUAGUUUAUUUAAGUUUCGGUUCAAAUGCUCGCUCCUCACAGUUGCCAAAAGAAACAAUACAGAUGUUCCUAAAUGUGUUUGCCAAAUUACCUUAUGAAGUCCUAUGGAAAUGGGAAACAAAUGAACUUCCAGGAAAAACAGACAAUGUUAAAACAGCUCAGUGGCUACCGCAAUCGGAUCUUUUAAGGCAUCCAAAUAUAAAAUUAUUUAUAACGCAAGGAGGAUUACAAUCAACAGAUGAAGCAAUCACUGCCGGAGUACCACUUGUCGGCAUACCAAUGCUUGGUGAUCAAUGGUACAAUGUUGAAUUGUACGAAUAUCAUAAAAUUGGUCAGGCGCUUUAUAUGGAAACAAUAACUGAAGAAAAACUAUUACAUGCUAUACAUACUGUCAUUGAUAAUAUAAGUUACAAAGAAAACGUAAUAAAACUUCGUGAAUUAUUGAACGAUCAACCAGAGAGUCCUUUAGAGAGAUCAGUGUGGUGGAUAGAAUACGUCCUGAGGCAUGGUGGGGCGAAGCAUCUAAGGGCACCGAAUGCUAACAUGCCCAUGUACGAAUUCUAUGAAAUAGAAUUUUUACUUAAAUUAACAGCGCUGGUACUUUUAUCCUGUGUAGUACUUAUUGCAACUUUGUAUUAUAUGUAUGUAGGAUUAACUUUAGGCUUACGUAAGCCUAAACUUAAAUCUUGUUAAAAUAUAUAUUUAAUAAAGUAAUAUUUGAUUUUUGUUUCGUACAGUAUUAGAAACAGUACAGAUCGAAUAAAAUAAUUAUUAGUUAGAAUGUUUGCUAACACUGUAAUAAUUUAGUUUUAGUUCUUAAUAACUUUUGUGAAUUAAGAUAUUAAUCAGUCCAAUUAUUAAAAUAUUUCAAACGAAGUGUUGUAUUUACAACAAAUAAACAAACGCGGACAUGAAAUACAGAUAUGCAAAUUAACGUCGUUUACUUAAUUUAUAAUAACAUUUAGUCACAAGCGAAGCGUUUAGCGUUUAAUUAUAUUAAUCACAACGUUAAUUGCAAAACUCGUGGACUGCUAGACUGCUUCAACUUGUAUGAUGAAGGUUUUUAUGGAAAGAAAAUUUGUCAAAUAUUAAAAACAAUAAAAGUUG